CUCUCCCAUCCGUUGAUUCUUCUUCGUUGUCCUCUUCUUCAAUUCAUUCCUUCUUCAGCCGUACCAGCAGGCUCCGUCACUCUUGUGGCUCAUGAGCACUUCUUGCGAUUUGUGGUCGCUGCGAAGCGUGCGAUUGCGCGUAGUAAUCGCCAUCGCACUGGCCCUUACUAUCGAAGGACUCAUGCGAUCAAAUCUUAACAUGGCAAUCGUUUGUAUGUUAAACAGUACAGCACUGACUGACGGAAAGCCGAUGAUCGCUUCUUUGAAUACGUCAAUCGAACCAGCAACGCCUUUAUGUCCAUUACUACAGUUCGGAGAGUCAAAAGUAGUUGAACACAAAGGAACAAUAUUUUGGACAUCACAAGACAGAGCAAUUAUAUUUGCUGCUUUCUAUGCUGGAGGACUUGUUGCAACAUUGGCAUCUGAAGUACUAAAUCGAUAUAUUGGAGCAACACGGAGUGUUUUGUACGGUGGAAUUGCAAAUGUUGUUGGAACAUUUCUCACUCCAUUUGUGGCAUCACAGACCAAUUUCGGAACAUUUCCUAUCAUCCUAUUACGAUUUGUAAUGGGAUUUGGACAGGGUGUUUUAUGGCCAUGUAUGCUUGUUCUCAUCGCCCAAUGGUUCCCUGUGAAUGAAAAAUCGACAGCCCUAGCAAUUGCAACUACUGGUAACCAACUUUCAGUAGUCAUUGCCAUGUUCGCAACUGCCGAGUUGUGUCAAUUGCCAUGGGGAUGGCCUAUGGCAUUCCACGUGUACGCAGUAUGCGGAAUCGUGAUGUGUAUCAUUUGGUACAUGAUGGUAUAUGACUCGCCAUGCCAUGCAGAUAAAAAGCUCUCAAGGGAUGAACUUCAUUACAUCACAACAGAAAGAGUCAGACUACGUCCACAACAUCCAAACUGGAUGGCUCUGAUGAAAUCUCCUGUAGUUUGGGCAAUCGCUGCGUCUUCGUUCGCACAUAACUACGUGACAGUCGGUACAAUCACCUAUCUUCCACUCUACUAUAAAACUGUGUUGAACAUGAGCUUAACUUCGAACGGUCUUUGGUCUGCUCUUCCAUUUGUUCUUCAAUUAAUUUCAAAAGUGUUCUACGCAGGAAUGGCUGAAUCCGCCCGAAAACGAGAUUGGUCGGAUAUCAAUCGGAUCACAAAGUUCUGUAAUUCGAGUGCUUCAUUUGGAAUCGCAAUUUGCUUUGGUCUUCUCUGCCUCUGCGACUGCUCACAAAGAGGCGCUGCAAUAUUCUUGAUAUGUUUAGCAAUGUGCUUUGUUUCUGGAUAUAUUCCCGGUUACAAUACCAGCGCCGUAACCAUUGCUCCUGGUCAAACAGCUGCAAUUGCUGCAUUCUCUCGAUUCUGGGGACAAAUCGCUUCGUCUGUUGCUCCAUAUCAUAUCGGAGCAUAUACAAAACAAGGAACAGCUGAUGAAUGGAAAAUUGUGUUUGCAGUAAUUGCCGCGAUAUGCGUUGUCACAGGAAUUUUCUUCCAAUGUUGUGGUACAGCCAGUCUACAAGAUUGGGAUUCAACUCAUUCAAAAGCUCCAAUCGAAGUUGCCCGAGAAGAAUUGAUUGACAGUUCAAAACUGGACGAUUCUCUACGGAUUACAACUGUCGAAUAGACUGUUUGAAAACGACGUGUCUUCUUAACAUAUCACAAAUCCUAAUCAUCUCAUACUGGUUCUACACUUGGUUUAUCGAUCUGUCACAAUUUUUCUUGUUUGCUCAUUCUGUGAUACCUUUUCCUGUAUUUUUCUGUAAGGUGGUCAAAUAUGAGAUUAUCUCUAAUUUGUCUUAAUUUGGGAUAAUGUUUCUUGUUUUUCUACGGGUCCCUCACAACAUUCCUUUAAUAGAAACCGAAUAGUGAUAUUCUUUUCUCCUAUUUGUUUCUAAUACGAAAUCACUAUAAUAAAUUUAUUUUUCUCUG